AUGGGAAAAGGAAUAAAGAAACAUUUGAAAAGAGUCAAUGCGCCAUCACAUUGGAUGUUGAACAAGAUGGGCGGUCAGUAUGCGCCCAAAACGAGCAGUGGUCCACAUAAGUUAAUCGAGAGUAUUCCAUUAGUAAUUUUGUUAAGAAAUCGUUUAAAAUAUGCUUUAACUUUUGAUGAAGUAAAAUUGAUAUUAAUUCAAAAAAUUGUGAAAGUGGACAAUAAGAUAAGGACGGAUUGUACGUUUCCAGUUGGGUUAAUGGAUGUAAUUCAUAUAACAAAAUCAAAUGAAUAUUUUCGAUUGUUGUAUGAUACGAAAGGAAGAUUUGUUCCUCAUAGGAUAACAACUGAAGAGAGUAAAUAUAAAUUAUGCAAAGUAAAAAAAAUAAUAUUAAGAAAAGGAAGAUUAUCAAUAGCUGUUACACAUGAUGGUAGAAGUAUACCAUAUAUCCAUCCAGAAGUUAAGGUAAAUGACACAGUAAGAUUAGAUUUAGAAACAGGAAAAGUUUUAGACCAUUUAAAAUUUCAAAUAGGUAGUAUGGUUAUGGUAACUGCAGGACACAGUGUUGGUAGAGUUGGUACAAUUUCUUCGAUAGACAAAAACAUAGGAACGUAUGAUAUUAUUCAUGUAAAAGAUUCAAGAGGAAAAAUAUUUGCUACUCGGCUAAGUAAUGUUUUGGUUAUAGGAGACAACUCAAAACCUUAUAUUAGUUUACCGAGGGAGAAAGGAAUUAAACUAGAUAUAAUUGAAGAAAGAAGAAACAGACUAAGGGCACUAAAUAAUUAA